CAUUGGCAUGAGUUUGGGGAGGAGAUGGUGGCGGUUAUAGACUAAGUUAUAGUAUCUUCAUAAACGCUUGCAAGGAUACUCGAGCAGGAGGCAGGCAUCGAGUAUUUUUUGUUUGCGAAGGCCAGGCGCUCGAUUGAGGUUUACAGGGCCGAGAGGAGUGUACCACCUCCGUCAAAUUGCUCGCGAUCUUUGUGAUCUGGAAAGUUCUAGCUUGUUGGCGUGGUUCAAGAAGCAUACUGAACUUCCGCACAAAGCCAGCCCAGAACUCUUGUGUCAAAUUCAAUGAUCAACAGACUUUGGGGAUAAGGUCUCUUGAGCUCAAUGCUGGCAUUUGCCUGCUCGUUGUCCUAACCUAAGAAUGGCUCCCAAGGUGCAAGACGUUCAAGGAAAGAAGAGGUUGUUGGACGGUUCAGACUCAGACAAUGGCAGUUGGUCCAGCUCUGACGCGCUUACAGCGGACGUGCUGGCGAUGACGUCACAAUCGGCGAGGCGCGGGGCGGAGGAGGAGGAAGGGCCAGCUCAGAAGCAGAUCCACGUGCCGGAUAAACGGGGGUUCCGGAAACUGCUAGCGUACCUGGGGCCGGGCUUUUUGGUGGCCAUCGCUUACAUUGAUCCAGGAAACUUUGAGAGCGACCUGAAAGCUGGAGCUGACUUCAAGUACGAGUUACUCUGGGUGCUGCUGCUGGCUUCCAUUGCGGGGCUCAUCAUACAAUCGCUAGCGGCGAACCUAGGGGUGGUGACAGGGAAGCAUCUCUCGGAGCACUGCCGAGCAGAGUACCCGAAGCGAGUCAACCACGCGCUCUGGAUCAUUGCCGAGCUGGCAAUUGUGGCUAGCGACAUUCCAGAAGUUAUUGGCACCGCGUUUGCUCUCCAGAUGCUCUUUGGCAUCCCACUUUGGAUUGGUGUCAUCCUCACGGGGUUCAGCACGCUCAUCUUGCUCGCGCUGCAAAAUUACGGGGUCCGCAAGCUGGAGAUCUUCAUCUCGGUCCUGGUCUUCAUGAUCGCGUCGUGCUUCUUCUUCGAGCUCUACUUUGCGCGCCCGCGCGCCGCCGAAGUGUUGGAGGGCAUGUUCGUGCCCCGGCUGAACGGGUCGCACGCUACGGCCAUCGCGGUGUCGCUGCUGGGGGCAGUCGUCAUGCCGCAUAACCUGUACCUGCACUCCGCGCUCGUUCUGACUCGAAAAGUUCCGCGCACAGCCCGGGGCAUCAAGGACGGGUGCCGCUUCAACUUUAUUGAAUGCUCCUUCGCGCUCUUCCUGGCCUUCGCCAUCAACGUCAGCGUGAUCGCCGUCGCCGGGGCGGUCUGCAGCCGACCCAACCUGUCGCCCAGUGACCUCGACAACUGCCAAAACAUCGACCUCGACCGGACACCUUUCCUUCUACAAAACGUGCUCGGCAAAUGGAGCCGCGAGCUCUUUGCGGUUGCGCUGCUCGCGUCCGGCCAGAGCUCCACCAUCACCGGGACGUACGCGGGGCAGUACGUCAUGCAGGGCUUCUUGGAGCUUCGGUUCAAGCCGUGGCUCCGGAACCUCCUUACGCGGGCGGUGGCUAUCGUACCGAGCCUCGCGGUCGCCAUGAUUGGCGGGAGCAGCGGCGCAGGCGAUCUCAUUAUCAUCUCCUCGAUGAUCCUCUCGUUCGAGCUGCCGUUCGCCCUGCUGCCCCUCCUCAAGUUUACCAGCAGCCCCGUCAAAAUGGGGCCCUUCACAAAUCAUUGGGUGAUCACGCUGGCGACUUGGCUCAUCGGCUUCUUCGUCAUCGGCGUGAACUGCUACUUCCUAGGAAGCCUCGGCAUCGAUUACCUGCGGGAGUCCGAUCUCCCGGCCGGACUCGUCGUCCUUGUCGCUAUCGUCAUGUUUGCGUCAAUGUUUGUGUACCUGGUUUGUUUGCUGUACCUCGCGCUUCGGAAGGACAGCGAGAUCACGUACGUGCAUCCGGAUAGCGAGCAGGGGGGCGAUAUUCUGCUGCCCAGGUCGUCGGUCGAUGAUCUGACGGGGGAUCAGUUUGGGCCAAUGCCGCGGGAAGACAUAGCCCAUAUGCAGCUAGGAAGUCCUAGGGCGCGCGAGGGGCUGCUCUCUGAGGCCGCGAGCUCAGAGGUCGCGCCCUUGAAUCGAGAGGAUUACACGAGAAGACAUGGCGGGGUGGACCAAGUCGGGCCCGACUGAUUGACAGUGCCAUGCGAAUCGAAGCUUGCUAAUAAUGUCGCCGCCAUACAUUUGGAGCUCAACAGCUCCUCGUGCUGUCCGAUUGUGUCCAAUAACAUGG